AUGUCUUCGAAAGCCAGGUAUUAUCUAGAACAGGCGAUUCCUGAGGUUGAUGAUCUGGUGGAUAAGGGCCUUUUCACCAAAAAUGAAGUCAGCACCAUUAUGAAAAGAAGAACUGACUUCGAGCACAGACUCAACUCGAGAGGAUCUCGUAUCGAGGACUAUGAGAAAUAUAUCGAGUUCGAGUCCAAUGUCGACAAAUUGCGUCGAAAGCGUGUCCAGCGGAUCUUGGAGGGCACGAAACCCAAUAGUGUAUCAGAUUGGUCCAUCCAACAGCGAAUCCAAUUCAUUUUUCAAAGAGGCUGUAACAAAUUCCCCAAGGAACUCAAAUUCUGGUCUCUUUAUUUGAACUACCUCAAGACCAGAGGCCACAAAACUUCAUAUCGUAGGAUCCACAGCGUCUACAGCCAACUGCUGAAAUUACACCCAACGAAUAUAGACAUUUGGGUCAGCUGUGCGAAAUACGAAUACGAAGUGCAUGCAAAUUUCAAGAGCUGUAGAACGGUGUUCCAAACCGGGCUGCGUUUUAACCCAGACUCGUCGGCGCUAUGGUAUGAAUAUGUCAAAUUCGAGCUCAACUUUAUCACGAAGCUAAUCAACAGACGCAAAGUAAUGGGUUUGAUCAACGAGCGUGAGCAAGAACUAGACAUGCAGGCCCAGCGGCAAGAAGCCAAACAGAAUGGAGAUAAUGAUUCUGAAGACGAUGGUGAAAAUGACGAUGCAGCUUUUGCAGGUCCCUCUACUGGCGACAGUAUGAAAGAUAAGCUAAAUGAACUUCCCGAGGCCGAUAUGGACAUGUUAGGAAACGAGGAGACGAACCCAGCCCUACGUGGUGAUAUCGCGCUCACAAUUUUUGAUGUUGCGAUGGAAAAACUGGGACAAAGCUUUUUGAAUACGCAUAGAGGCUAUUACGCAGUCACAGACUCAAAACCAAACCAUGAUCUGAGUGUGGCAUUGGUAAACAAGCUUUUCAAUUAUUCCUUGAGCUACAUUUCACUGUUUAGUGAAUUCACAGAUUUGCACAGAGAUUAUCUGAUAAAUCACAUCAUACAGUACUGGAAGAGCAACACCUAUAACGUUCGACUCGACCAAGAAUUACCAGACAUUUACGUUAAACUUUUGAUUUUGGAAAUCACGUUGAACAUCAGAUUUAUGGACGCCUCUCAACUAGAUGUUGAUCAGCUUCAAUUGUCUGUCAAUAAAUUCACUGCAUACAAGGGCAAGGUUACUGAAAGGAUCGGCAAGGAAGUUAGAGCAUCAUUUGUCGAAUAUCUCCAAGAUCAUAUACUCUCUAAAUUGGAACAGGACCACGACCCGAGAUACAAGAUCAUAAAUGCUAUCAUUAAAAAACUGUAA